UCCCGGGCAGUGUUCCGGAAGGUGGAUUCCAUCUCCGAGGAGAUCAGCUCAUCCCAGACCUUGUAUGAGCGGAAACUCCUCUCCCUGCAGGAGGAUCUCCAGGGAUUGGGUGAGAGGAGCUCCGGGAACGGCUCCUCCGCCUGCCGGGACACGGCGGCGCUGGGCCGGGAGCUCUCGGAGCUGCAGCGGGAGCUGGAGCAGAUCCAGGAGAUGCUCCAGGCGCAGGAAAUCCUCCUGGAGCGAACUUCCCAGAGCCACGCCCGCCUCUCCUCCGCCGGCUCCUCCAUGGCGGGCGGGCUGCGGAGCUGCUCCGCGUCCAUCGGGAAUGUCAGCCGGGGCCUGGAGCAGCUGCGGGAGCAGGCGCGGGGGUGGCAGGGGGUCACGGCCCGCCUGCAGGAUUCCCUGCGGGAUCUGGCCCGGCAGCGCUCGGAGGCGGGAGAGGCGGCGGAGCGGCUGAAUUCCAGCCUGGAGCAGAAUUCCCAGCGGCUCCGCGCGCUCCAGAGGCAGGCGGGCGAGGAGGCGCUGGCGCUGCGCAGGGCGGCGGGCGAGUGGCAGAACGCCACGCGUGUUUUCGGGACGCUCCGCGCCGCUUCGUCCCGGAGCUCCGAGCUGCUCCGGAACCUGCAGGCCGGGCUGGGCUCGGCGGUCCGGGAAGCAUCCCGGAAUUCCGAGGGGAUGCAGGAGCUGGCGCUGCAGCUGCUGGGGCUGCAGCUGCAGCUGGACAACGUCUCCUCGCAGCUGGACGAGCAGCAGGAGAGCGCGCAGGACCUGCGGCACCGCCGCGGCCACGGGCGGAACCGCACCGAGGAGCGCUUCCAGGAGCUGGAAUCCCGGCUGGGAUCGCUGCAGCUGGAAACCCGCACCAUCCUGGCCAACGUGGAGGCCACGGACGGGCACGUGCGGGGCAUGCUGCGCUUCCUGGACGCCGUGCGCUUCUCCUGCGACCGGGAGUUCCGCGGGCAGGCCGAGGAGCUGCGGGAGCUCGGGAGGUCGCUCGGGACGCUGCAGGCGGCCACCGAGGAGCUGCGGGAGCGCUCCGGGAUGCUGGGAGCGCGGCUGGAGUUCGACGUGAGGAACCUGUCGCUGGUGGUGGAGGAGAUGAGGGCGGUGGAUGCGCGGCACGGGGAGAUGCUCCGGAACGGCUCCGAGCUCCGAGGCGCUCCGGGGCUCCCGGGCCCCCGCGGCCUCAAGGGCGAUCCAGGAUCCAGGGGCGCGCCGGGAGAUCCGGGCCGGAAGGGCGACCUUGGGGAUCUGGGAUCGCCGGGAUCGCCGGGAUCGCCGGGAUCUCCGGGAGCGGCGGGAGCGGCGGGGCCGAGCGGGGAGCGGGGCCCGCCCGGAUCCCGCGGCUUUCCCGGCCCCAAGGGCUCCAAGGGCGGCGCGGGGAUCCCGGGAGCGCGCGGCCCCAAGGGCGAUCCCGGAAUUCCCGGAAUUCCCGGAGCUCCCGGAGCCGCGGGGCCGCCCGGAGCGCGAGGGGAGCCGGGAAUUCCCGGGAGCCCCGGGAACGAGGGGACACCGGGGACACCGGGGACAAAGGGGGAGCCCGGGCCAAGGGGACCCCCGGGACUGCCGGGACCGCCCGGGCCGCCGGGACAGUGA